AUGGCUCACCCUCUCACUCAGCACCCCCCGACCGUGCUCCCGUUCGGCGCACCCGCGUCGAUGCACCCCCUCGGCUUUGGCUUUGGGCAGCCUCCUCGGCAGAACUUGGGCUUUGGCUUCGGGUCGCCCAUCCACUCCCCCAUCCACUCUGGCGCAUCGACGCCUUAUAAGCGCCCGGCCGUGCGUACGUCCCCAACUCCAAUCCCCACGCCCAACAACAAACGGUCUCGGCGACGAAGCGCGAGCCCCACUCCGUCACCUACUGGCUCGCCAACGCUCUCACGUGCCGAUGAACGCAAGAUUCUGGGCAAGACACCAAAGCGCGUGCGCAAGGAGGUCGGCCCUGCAGAGCAGGCCGCCGAUGGGCCUGAUGUGGGCCUUCUUCUCGCGUCCAUGCCCCCGACCUCGCACCUCCCAAUCUUAAUGGAGCUACUCAACGGUAACCCUGCCAUGAGCGAGCGGGUGCUCAAGAGCCUCCCCGCACCGCCGCUCUCCAAUGUGCUGGAGACGCUCGAGCGCAACGUUGGCAAGAUUGGCAAGGCGGCCGGAACUUGGGAGCCGCAGGAGGGUGUCGUCGCCCAGCGCCGCUGGCACCGCACCGAAGAAGACGUCAGCGCUUUCGUGAAGAGCGCCAACACCUAUCUCAAGUUCUUCACCUCGGGCUCGACUGGCCCAACCGAACCAAACACCAUCUUCCAUCUCCUGCACGCGAUCACGGCCAACGUGCAACAGCUGCUUGCCCUGGUGCCGUCGCCGAACUCGCCCCCUCCAGCGGCUCGUCCGCUCCUAAACUUCGCCAACGCCCUCCUAACUGCAUGGAACCAGUGGCUUGGCGGCCUUAGCGACGAGGUCAACAACCGCGGCGGCAUGUAUCCGCACGGCAUGGUAUCGAGUUGGGCUGAUGGCUUGGCUGGCCUUACCCGCGCGCCGCCUCCACCUGUCGCCCAGCCUACGCAUGUGUCCUGGUCAAUGGCCAUUAGCGCGCCCGUACAUGUACCCGAAAGCACGCUUGUCAGCGGAUUCCGCGAUGCCCUUGUGCCAGUGCGCGUCGGGUUCGCCAACAGCCUCGGGUGGAUGAUCCGGUAA